AUGGUUGGUUGUGUCGGUGGUGUUGGGCACCGGUUUCGCCAGGGAGACAAGCGGGAUUCGCUCGUAAUUCGAAGACUGGUCAUCGCUGUGGCGAUGCCACGGUAUUCAAAGAUCGAAACGGCGGCAAGUGUCGGCACUUGCGGGGGAUCGAGUGAUCCCAGCGCGAAGAUUCGAGUGCCAUUGAAAAUCAACUUUUCGGCCAGACAGAGAGACGUGUCUGUGACGAUAACGAAAAAACAUCUUACCUGUGGUGUUAAAGGACAACCUCCGAUUAUCGACGGUGAUUUUCCCCAUGAGGUCAAAUUAGAAGAGUCUACGUGGGUGAUAGAAGAUGGCAAAGUUCUUUUGAUCAAUUUAGAAAAAGUGAACAAAAUGCAAUGGUGGGCUCACGUGGUAACUUGCGAUCCCGAGAUUAGCACGAAGAAAGUUAAUCCUGAACCAAGUAAAUUGUCCGACCUUGACGGUGAAACCAGAGGCCUCGUUGAGAAGAUGAUGUACGAUCAAAGACAAAAGGAACUCGGACUGCCGACUUCGGACGAACAGAAGAAACAGGACGUGAUCAAAAAGUUCAUGGAGCAACAUCCAGAGAUGGACUUCUCCAAGUGUAAAUUUAAUUAAAAUUACAUUUUAAUCGAUUCGAUCAAACAAAAGUCGUUGAAUAUGAACAGGUUUUAUCCAUAUAUGACAAUUGUUCUGUAACUCGUUGUUGAUGUACGUAUACAGGUAUUUUAAGAGUCGAAUGGAAAAAACGCAUUAUAAGUGUUCCUUUUUAUUUCGUUAACUAUAUCAUAGCAACCUUGCAUUCUUCGAACUUGACAGAUCUGUACGAACAAGACGUAGUCUGUUUUGUAAUGAAAGAACGCCAUAUGAUGGCAGCACUCUCUGCUAUGUUCAAUCGAUUUAACUGUUGUAAAACAGAGAACUAUCUUGUCACGUUUAAACUUGCCUUUUUGUCUACUUAAGUUCAACUCACAUUGCAUUUCUCUCAUUCCUACGUGAAGCGAACGAACUAAUGAGUACAGACAACCUGCACAAAUG